AUGGUCGAUGGAAGGGCCCGUUUCGUGUUGACAUCCUCUGGGUUCGACAGAGAGCAAGUUGACGGGUCAUUGUACGAUGGUCCGCCUGUGUUUGAUGAAGGACUCGAGGAGGUGGAGGAGCGGUUUGACCGGGUCCUUGAUUGCUCGAUCCAAAUACUCCACCCGGACCGGUUUCGGCUCCGGGUCGACCCGCCGGGCCGGUCCGGGUCUCAAAACACUGGUCUUACUGGCGAAGUGGACGGUCUCUACGACGGUCCGCCGAUCUUAGAUGAGGAGCCUUCGAGGCUGAAGGAUGAAACUGGAACUGCUGCUAUUAAAACCGUUGAAGAAGACACGCGGUUAUAUAUGUUGCAGCAGUUUCAUGAAGGGAAGUGUGAGGUUGCCAUUGUUGAUGAUGGUGCACUUUCCAAAUCGAUUCUCGGAAACCGAAAAUGUUAUUUAUUGGAUUGUGGUUCCAAAGUAUUUGUUUUGGUUGGUUGGGUAACUCAAGUGGAGGAGAGGAAAAGUGUCAUUCGCGCAGCCGAGGAUUUUGUGGCUCGCCAAGGUAGAUCACAGUGCCGUUCAACCUUCGUGUUCGACCGGGGAAAACGACGGAGAUUUUGUAACUCAAGUAGGAAUACUAUGGUUCGACACCACACGCCGGCCACGGGUGCGCAGGCGAAGCUUUCCGAAUCGGGGGAGAAUGGCUUCCCUACAUCAGGAACUCCGUGGCAAGUGCGUGAUUAA